UGUUUGGUCUCUAUACUUUCAAGCCUUCUCAACGAGAAAGGAGAUUUAAUCCGUGAAGCAGAGCAGCCAACGAGCGCCAAGUGGCGUCCAGAUGUUAGUUAGGAUGACAAAUGAAUUAUCGGUAGAAUUGCCUUGUUUAGGUUUAGAUCUCCACGUGUUUUAAUGGUCUGAGAUGGAUGAGGAAGUUAACAAAGCUCGGAAAGAAGGAUGUGCCACUGAUAGCGGAUACAGAGAACGCAGAAUUUGUGGCCACUGGGACACUUCGCAGAAUCCACAAGAUAAGGAAGAAACCAAUGAAACUCGGCAAUUGUGCUAAAAUAAAUUCCAACUGGGUACAAGGCUAUGUUGAAGAGGUUACUGAGCGGGUGAUGGAGAAUUUAAAAACGCGCCUCUGCUGAAAGAGUGGCAGCAAUGGAUCAGAGGAAAGCAGCCUGGCCAAGCAAACUGCCCUACCUACCACAGUGCUGAAAACAAGGUGCUUCUGGUUGGACAGCAGGUGCUGCAGGGAUGUGGAGCUGAGGGAAUAUUCAUAAUUUGCCAAAAUAGGAGGGGAACUCAGCGAGGACAUCAGAACUGGGAUGCCCCUGUCUUCUCUCUUCAGUGAUGCCUUGCUUCCYGUGCAUCUUUGGUAUGCUAUGCUGUUUCUAAACAGUAAUAACACUAAGAAGUCAGCAAGGUGGAUUGGGUGAUCAGGUGCAUUUCUCUUUUGGAAGAGAUGGUCCUGGUCAUGAAACUUCUGUUCCUCACCUGCCUAUGGCCAACAGCAAUGCUACACAGUUCUCACACUCAGCAUCACCGUCUUCAUCGUCGGCAACAAAUGUCGUUCUCAAGAAAACAUACCAGCAAACGAGAAAUAAAAAUGAGGAAACUUGACAGCACAAAAGUACGACCACUUAAAUCUGAGCAGCUUCUUCACAUAGAGGACCACGACUUUGCUCUGAGACCUGGAUUUGGAGGGUCACCAAUACCUGUGGGCAUUGAUGUGCAGGUGGAAAGCAUUGACAGCAUAUCUGAAGUUGACAUGGACUUCACAAUGACUUUAUAUCUCAGACAUUACUGGAAGGAUGAGAGACUUUCGUUCCGUAGCAACAAAAACAAAAGUAUGACUUUUGAUGGACGGCUGAUAAAGAAGAUCUGGGUACCUGAUGUGUUUUUUGUGCACUCCAAAAGAUCAUUCAUCCAUGACACAACUGUGGAAAACAUCAUGCUCCGAGUGUACCCCGAUGGCAAUGUCCUCUUCAGUCUGAGGAUAACAGUUUCUGCUAUGUGUUUAAUGGAUUUCAGCAGGUUUCCUCUGGACACACAGAACUGUUCUUUAGAACUGGAAAGCUAUGCAUACAAUGAAGAUGAUCUGAUGUUGUACUGGAAACAUGGCAACAAGUCCCUGAGCACAGAUGAGAACAUCUCCCUCUCCCAGUUCUUCAUUGAGGAAUUCAGUGCUUCCAGUGGACUUGCUUUUUACAGCAGUACUGGUUGGUACAAUCGACUUUUUAUCAACUUUGCACUCCGCAGACAUAUUUUCUUUUUCGUGCUACAAUCCUAUUUCCCAGCCAUGCUGAUGGUGAUGCUGUCUUGGGUUUCAUUUUGGAUUGACAGAAGAGCUGUUCCUGCCAGGGUGUCACUAGGUAUAACUACAGUGCUGACAAUGUCGACUAUCAUGACAGGAGUAAGUGCCUCAAUGCCUCAAGUGUCUUACAUAAAGGCUGUGGAUGUGUAUUUAUGGAUCAGCUUCCUUUUUGUCUUCCUGUCAGUCAUCGAGUAUGCCGCGGUGAACUAUCUCACCACAAUUGAAGAGAGAAAACAGCUCAAAAAAAGGGGCAAGGYCUCAGGAAUGUACAGCAUGGAUGCAGUGCAAGCAAUGGCUUUCGAUGGCUGCUUCCACGACACGGAUAUGGACAUGGACCUGAGUCCCUUCCCAGACCCCUGUGAGGAGAAUGAGACCAGGGCAAGUCAAACCAACAUCUCCAGUGAGGACACACCUCGCUUGAAGAGAUCUCUGAAGGGCAACGUGGGCAGGAUUAUUUUACAGAACAAUCAUGUCAUUGACACAUAUUCCAGGAUUAUAUUUCCCAGUGUAUAUAUUGUGUUCAACUUUUUUUACUGGGGUUUGUACAUGUGAACAAAAAUGCUUAUAAGCUAGAUAUUAUUUUGUGUAUGACAGUUGCAUCAUACUUUAAAAAAAAAACUGCAACAGCAGUAGAGGAAAAGGUUAAAAUUUUCCAAAAGAGACUUCUGCAUCAAAACUGGGCUGGUUUGGUUCAGCACCAUAACUGUUCAUGGGAAACUCUUACGUGUCUGGGUUCUUUUCCAACUGGAAUGUGCAGUGCUUCACUGGAGUGCUCCACUGGAGUGCUCCCAUGCACAGGUUCCAGUGCAGUAGCAUGGGAGCUGUUUGCUCACUGAGGGAGCCCUUUGUCACCCCCCUGCACAGCAGCUCCCACCUGAGAUAUUGCCCUGUCUCAGCCCA